AUGUAUGCAGCUGAGCCGAUUGUGCCGGUUUGUGAUCGGAACAACAUCGACAUCGCCGAAGCGGACCCUCGUAAAAGAUGUUUUACGCUGUAUUUUUGGUGAGU